CGCCCAUUGGAUCGAUCCAAUUCAUUGCUCGUGCUGCUUUCUGAACCAACGAUGGCAAUGUCUUUGUCCAUGGUUGUGUCCCGGUGGAUCGCCGCCCUGCUGUUGCUGUCGCAGCUCCUUCCCCGAGGCAUCGUCGCCGACAGCAAAGGAAGCGUCUUUGACAAGAAAGAAAACGAGGAAAAACUGAUCGAAUGGAUUCGAUCCAGGGGCGGGUACUGGAAUCCGGGCCAGGAGCUGCGGUACGAUGAGACGGUGCCGGGCCUGUACGGGGUCUUUGCGUCGGAACCCAUCGAGCGGCACGCCGUUCUGGCAAAGAUUCCAUGGGAGUGCGUCAUCUACCCGGACGACGAAGACGAAAGCGAGGACCAAGAUCACCCGGAUCGGUUCGACGAAAACUGCCGCAUGGUGCAACGCCUCGCCGACGAGCUCCAGACUGAGAGGGACGCCGGGGCCGGUGGCGUCGUGCGGUCCGACUUUUCCCACUACGUCGAGGGAUUGAUCCAGACGGCCACGGAGCAUUCCAAGUUGCUUCCGGCCCACUGGUCCGAGGGGGGCAAAAAGCUGCUCUCGCGCGUCCUCUUUGACGACGACGAAACCGGAGAGCCGGUCCAGGUUCUCCCGCCGGAGGACGUCUUCUGGAUCCACGACGACUGGAAGCACCGCUGCGAGGCCAGGGUCGAUCCGGUGGCGACACUCCUCGUCACUACCCACGGGGAGGACUUUGGAAUGGUCCCCCUCACCGAUAAGUUCAAUAGCCGGGGGGGCAACUGGACCGGGGCCUUUUUUUCCGUCGAAAACGGGGACGGGCCGAUCGCGCUCGAAAUCCGCGCCCUGCGGGACCUCGCCGCGGGGGAGCAGAUCUAUACGGAUUACCACGACUACGGCCAGAUCGGAACCCCCGAGCUCCUCCGGGACUAUGGUUUUGUCGAGGCCUACCCCCAGCGGUGGAUCUUUCAUCACCACGGCAUUGCCUUUGACGUCCUCGAGAAACACGGGCCACGGGACGCCGGCGGCGGCGACGAUCGAUUCCAGAUUGAAUGGCACGACCGCAUCAACAGUGUGCGAUACGUCGGCAAGCCGUCGUCGUCGGGGGUCGAGAUCCUUCGCCGCCACCUCGAUCGGUUGGACCAGACGGUGGUUCCUGCUCUGGAGGCAGCAGCCGCGCCGGAAACCAAAGACGCGUUCGGCAGACCAACCGAGCUCGAGCGGGAAACCGUGCUCCGGUUCUGCCACGAUCUGGCCUCCGCUCUGGAACUCGCGAUCCGCGACGCCGAGGCAGCGUCUGCCACACCGGAUCCGGAGCUAUAGAAGGCACUGGGCUCGGGAAAGCAACAUCACAGCAUAGCACGACGCCGAACGAACCACGGGAUGGAUAGGUAUGGCAAUCCAUGGCAUGGCCAUAGAAAGACAUCACCGGGGCUGGUCGCGCACAAUGCGACAUGGUGCGAUGCGAUACCAGUCAGUUGCAGCGUCGUGGAACAACAGCAUCCGUUCCAAAGUUGGAUCCUUUUCGUUUUUAUGCCCCCAAGGAACCGACUGAGGACAUUGUGUUCACGACGCUGCCGUCCUCUGUUCACUCGGGUCCGAACCGAACGGAUCCUGAGCGGGCGGGAUCUGUCCAGUCGCCACAGUGAACGGUAGUCGAGUCGAAUCAAGAAAAUCGAUGCAUGCAACUAAAAUCAAGCAAUAAGA